AUCGUAUUUUUGCUUGGGCUGAAGGGGGGCGUUACCAAGUCUGUUCGUGAGCACGCAUGUUAUAGAAAAUGCUGAAAGAGAUAUUUGUCACGAACCGCAAAGGUCAUGUGAUAUUCCGUGAAAAAGGGCUGUACUGCAAUGAUCCCAGUCAACCCAGCCACAGGCUGUUUUACAAUGUGAUCCGAACAGAGCCAGAAUCACCACCUUAUUUCUGCCACAGCGGCGAGCACUUCUACCACGUGCUGGCCGACGGGCUGCGCUGGGUGGCCGUGUCGGGCCGCGCGCUGCCCGCCCUCCAGGUGGUCGUCUGGCUGCAGACGCUGCGGGAGGUGGUGCGCGCCAUCUGCGGCGGCGCCACCGAGUCGGCCCUGUGCGCCAACCACGUCACCCUCCGCGAGCUGGCCGCUGAGGUCAUGGAGGACGGUCUGAUGAUGGCGCUCGACACGGGCCGACUGCGCUCGCUGCUGCUGUCGCGACCCCGGGUCAGCCUGGCCGCCGACCUCAAGUCACCCGCCUCGCCCGGCUACGCCGACCCGGCCUCCAGCGCCAAGCACACCGUCUACGUGGAUGUGGUGGAGUCGGUCGACUGUGUGAUGACGCCGGACGGCGGUCUGGAGAAGUGUGACGUCACCGGCCGGCUGGAGGUGCGCACGGCUGGCGCCGGCUGCGCUCAGGUGGACGUGGCGCUGGCCGAGGACGUUCGACUCCUGGAGCUCGGAGCGCCCGUCGAGGCGCACGUCGGGCCGCAGGUGCACGUGCGCCGGCUGCACCCUCUGCAGUUCCGGCCACCGCCCGAGGCGAGCGGCGUGAGCGCCGCUUGCGGCGGUGCCGGAAGCGGCACUGUUCGCCACUGCCGACAGACGGCGCUGGUGACGUGGACGGUGCGCGAGCUGUGUGGGCAGCAGGAGACUACCGCUGAGCUGCGGGUGACUGACGCCGACGCGUCGGGCGCCACCGAGACGCUGGGCCCGUUCCACCUCAGCUGGGAGGUGUCGGAUCACACGGUGUCUGGCCUGCGCGUGGCAGGCGUGCGCCUGCCGGGUGUGCCCGAGGCGGAGACGCGCCGCUGGGGCCGCGUGCAGGUUCGUCCCCAGCAGGUCGGCGGCGAGGGGCGCACGGUCGUCAAGCAGCGCCGCGAUCCCGUACUCCAACAGCACGCCACCGCACGCCAGGCCCAGUAG